UGCGACAAAAAUGAGACAAAAGUUUGAUGAUACUGGACAAUACUUAACGAUAUGGCUUGUUUUUACGGUUUCAUUGUUCAGCGUAGUAGAUUCAAUUAUUCUCACUGGAGCUCCAGACUCUUAUGCGAGGUAUCCAAAAUGGGCGCACUCAUUCGAAAAUUCGCUAUCAAUGGAAUUGAAAACACGACAAUCCGAUGGAAUGUUACUGUACACAGACGAUGGUGGAACUCAUGGAAAUUUUUAUUCACUGACAAUUGUAGAAGGUCAUAUUCAGUUAGACUUUAGGUUAGGUGACAAUUCAAAUGAAUUUGGCCAACGACGACCAGUGAAUACAAUUCGAAUAGAAGAAGUUAGAAUAGAUGACGACAAAUGGCAUACGUUGACGAUAUUUCAAUCAUGGGAAAAUGUGAAACUGGAGUUGGAUUAUACUCUUGUUUUCAAGAUUCUGAAUCAACGAAGCUUUGUAUUUGGAAACAUUCUCAAAAAUUCAGAUGUUUUCAUUGGAGGAUUACCACCAAAUAUGCACAUGCUUCCCGUAAUGAGUUCUCCUCUUCGUCGAUACGCUCGUCAUUUGGCAGUCAACGUGCGCAAUUUGAUGUACCGCCAGUAUCCCCAAGGUGUCACAUCUCCUCAGCUUCUGGAAUCAGUUGGAACACGCACCAACGAAGACGACCAUUGCAAGUCAAAAUCGAUGUCUUCACGCGAACAAUUUGUGUGCCUCAACGAUGGUGAAUGUUAUUCAUCAAAUGAUGGACCACAUUGUGACUGCCAGUUCUCUGAUCAUGACGGAAGGAAUUGUGAAAUUGAAAAAAACGACGGAGAAUUAACAUUUGGAGGUGAUGAAUGGGUCGGAUAUGAUGUUUCAUUGAAUAUAUCAGCUGCAGUGAGAGCCAAGAAAGAAAAUCUAACAUUGACAUUCAAAACUGUACAUGGGACAUCUAUGUUGUUUUAUGCGGGAGAUGAAAAGAGUUAUCUUCACGUAAUGCUCCAAGAUGGGGCUAUAAUCGCUUCUUCGAAAUUUGACGGCUCCGAUGCUCGAAUCAUUCGAAUGUUCAAUUCAUUUCCAUCUCAAAGAUAUGAUGAUGAUUCCUGGCAUACAAUAAUUUUGGAGAGAUCUCUUCAAAUGAUGACUUUGAUAGUUGAUGGCCGGAGGGAUGAAAUUCGGCAGUAUGCACCUGAACUUGAUUGGAUAUCAAAUUCAUUUGGUUUUCUUGGUUCAAUACCAAAACAUAAUCCAUCGAAAGAAGUGAACAGAGUAUCAUUUCGAGGUUGUAUGAAAAAAGUUCGAUAUGACAUAGACGCUACAAGAAUCUUAUUAGUUAAUCUGGCCGAUCAAAGUUACGGUGGAAGUGUUGUCAAAACGGAAGGAGAUAUUUCAUAUUCCUGCAAAAAUCCAUCACAGCGAUCUGAUGUGUUAUCAUUCACAGAAACCUCAUCAUAUCUCACACUACCACGUUGGAAUAGUUUGUCAAGUGGAAGUUUGUCGUUUCAUUUUCGAACCACGUCUUCAGAUGGCUUAAUCCUUUAUCACGGAGUGAUGCAACACAAUGCAACUGACUACGUGGCAUUUGAACUCAUCGACAGUCAUUUAUUCAUGAUUAUCAAUCUAGGAUCCGGAGUAGUUCGACUUCAAACAACAUCUAUGAAAGUCAGUGAUGGUGAAUGGCAUCAUGUUCAAUUAGACAGACUUUCACGAACUGGCAGUGUAAUUGUUGAUGCUAUCAAAAUCGAUUUUAGUACCCCAGGAGUGUCUGCAAAUCUUAUCAUCGAUGAUCCUAUUUUUAUUGGAAACGUACCAAAUAAUUCACUGGUUUAUCCAUCAUCUGUGUGGUCAAUUGCACUUCAAAAAGGAUACACAGGAUGCAUCAAAAAUAUUCGAAUGAAUGGAGUUUCUACAAAAAUUGGCCAAGAAUUUGAAGCAUCCAAUUCCACUGGAAUUGAACUUGGAUGUUCUUUGUCAAAUGAAUUAGAUAUUUGCGAACCGAAUCCAUGUCAGAAUUUCGGAAAAUGUAGCAAAAAUUUAAACUCGUUUGAUUGUGACUGUUCGAAUACAAAUUUUGAAGGAAAACAAUGUGAACUCGAACAAACUGCAGUUGAAGUUAAUGGAGAAGAAUCAAAAGUCCACGUACUGGCUCACACAAAAGUUUCACAGGUUGAGCAUAUCAAAAUUAGAUUCCGAACUACAUCAUCAAGAGGUGUAUUGUUUGAUACGGGUGCAAAUGGGAAAAAUGACAAGAUUACUGUAUUUUUGAAUGAUAGUCAACUCAAUUUGUUUCUUCAAGACUCAUCUACAAAUAAUACAUUUUCUUGGGGUAAAUCGUUAUCUGAUAAUCAUUGGCACGAGCUGCAAGUGCGAAGACUGGGCCAGAAACUUUUGCUUUAUUUGGAUGGAUUUUGGAGUCAUAGCAUAUAUCUUCAAAAUCCGAUUUCUGUCGAAAUUGACGAGGUUGGCGCUGCAUUUUCUGUGCAUUCAUCGGCGCCACCUCCAAGAGACGAACAUUUCAAAGGAUUUCUUUCCAAGCUAGUUUUUAACGGAAAUGAUUAUCUCGCAAAAACAAAAAUGAACAGUGCUCAAUUGAGCAAGUCGUCUAGCCGAGAGAGCAAAGGACAAAGAAAUGUAAAAACAAGAAUUGCAUCAAUAUCUUUCACAAAUUCGACGGGUUAUGUAGCUUUUUCUAGUGACAAAAUAUCAGGAUUAACUGGUUCAUUUCGGGUUCAAUUCAAGUUUCAAACACUUAUGCGAUCAGCUCUUUUAUUUUUCACUUUGCCAAAACAUGAUUAUGAUCAAUCAUUUCGAUUGCAAAUGCUCAACGGGAGAUUGAAAUACACUUAUCGAACAUCUGGCCAAGAGUUUCACACAACAUCUCCAAAACUUCCCCAUCGUCAACAUCUUAGUGAUAUGAGAUGGCACAAUGUUUUAAUUUAUCAAGAUGAAAAAACACACGAUCAUGUACUUCUUGUUGAUAAUUCUUCGACAACAUUGAUUAUUGAUAAAAUCAAGAAAGUGGAAAGUAAAAUGUCUGGAAAACUGUAUUUUGGAAGUAAUCCACUCGGAGUAUCAAGACCAUCGAAUGGAUUCAGAGGGUGCAUUUCAACACUUCGAAUAAAUGAAAAUGCAUUGGAUCUUUAUGAAGAUGCUGAUAGUCGAAUGAAAGUGAAUAGAGGAUGUAGUGGGCCAAUAGCUCGAUGUAUAGAAGAUGCAUGUGCAAACCAUGGACGAUGUAUUCAGCUUUGGAGCUCAAUUCGAUGUGAUUGCAGUCUGACUGCUCAUUCAGGAGAUCGGUGCCAGAAUCCCUCCACAACAGUCCGAUUUGAUGGAAGUCCUUCUGCGAUUUUCUAUGAAUAUGCUCCAAACGAGAGACCAACAACAAGCAAGGACUAUUUUGUAUUUUCAUUUCGAACAACCCAGCCAAACGGAGUAUUAAUAUCAAUCGAAUGUGCUGCCGAUCAAGAUUAUUUUACAAUAUUCUUGAACAAAGGUUACUUGAAUGCUCACUACAACUUGGGAAAUCGUGAUCAUACAACAAGUUAUCACACUAGAAUUCUGAAUGAUGGAUUUCCACAUGUCAUUAAAAUAUCUAGAACUGAAGCAAAUAUGACAAUUCAAGUGGAUAAGCUACCAUCAUUACGAUAUCGACCAAAAAGAGCAAGUGAUCUUGUUUUGUUGAAUAUGCAAACCAGAAUAUCUAUCGGAGCAGCAUUCAAUACUAGGCAUUUGGAUCAAAAAAGACUGUUACGUCAUCGUCGAAAUACGGAGAUUUUUGAUUCAUAUCAGGGAGAAAUAUCUGGAGUCAACGUCAAUGGAUUGAUGAUUUUGGAUCUUUAUGAAAAUGGUUCUAACCGCAUCCACACCAUUGGCGCACCCCAAACAACAGCUGUAUCGGAGCAAGUGAGCAGUGAAUCAGAAGAAGACGACGAGCUAGCGGAAAUGAUGAUGGCACAUUCCAUCGAUGAGAAUCCAAACGAAGCACUCAUCGAGUCAUUGGCUCCCAGCUGUCUAAGUCUUGAAGAACAACAGUCGUGCUUCAUUGAUACUGACGAUUCAACAGGAUUCUUCUCGCCAGUCCUUCCAACUGUUGCCAACUUUCCAACUACAAGACAGACUGAACCAGAAACUACGCGGAGACCUCUGUCGCCUUCAAAAAUGACACCUUCUCUUCCUUCUCCUACCACCACCACUUUGCCUGUUUUCUUUUUGUCACAAAUCACUGACGGCGAUGAAUCAGAAGAUGAAUUUGACGGCUCCGGUGACGAUCUCUUUGGUGGAGAUGGUGUCGGAAUAACAGCCGCAACACAACCGUCGGUGAAGCGUACCACGUCGAUUUCUGUUGUAACAAAAGUACUAACAACCACUUCUGAACCUAGCAGCACGCAUCGUUCGACGGUUCUUCCUAGACCGUAUGCGAGUGUGAAAGAGGCCGCUGAGCAGAAUCCAGAUUAUUUGGGAGCAAGUAUUUGGAAUCAAGUGGAUACUUUACCUGAACCUAUGGUCACAGGACCUGCAUGGAGAACAAAUAAGUCUUUGACUACAACAGCAACAACUGAAGCUUCUUCAACAAAAAGUAAUCGAAAGACCACCACGACGACAACGACGUCAGCAACGACUACAAUUCGUAUCCAACAACGACCAAAUUACGAUAUUGAUAACGAAGUUACUGCUCUAAUAACAAGUAGUUUGGCACCACAAAAGACACGCCCAAAGUCAACGCCUCACUUCACAGUAUAUCCAGUAAGACCUACAACGCCUAUGGGAGAUACGAUCACAACAACAAUGCAGGCCGCCACAGUAACCGAUUUCCCACGAACUCCACUGAUCAUGUGCUCCAGUUUGGCAGUAAUUAUUGCCAUUGCUGCAGUCGUGUUCUUUGUUUUCAAAUGCAGACAAAAUCCGCCAAACUCUGAACACUACACCAUGGCUAUGAAAUCUCAAUCAGGCUAUACAGCAAUUGCUCCUGAACUUUCACCUCCCAUGAACCAUGACCGGAGCAACGAUUCAUGUACACAACCAUUACUUGCAAAACCACACAUCAACGGAAACGGUUAUGAACCGCUGAAAGGCGCGGUAAUAGCCAAUGGAAAUGGAGCAACGGCCACAAUGAUGAGAAACGGAAACGGGAAUGGGGUGGCAAAGAAAAAGGAUUUUAAAGAGUGGUACGUAUAAUCCAUUUCUUCAAUCAAAACUCAAUACAAUGAUGAUUAAAAAAUUCACUUUUGUCUGCAAAUUGCCACAACUUCAAAACGGGUACUCAUCAGAUAUCACUUCGAUUGGUUCUCAUUUUUUGAAUUUUUAUUUUUAAAUUCCUUUGAAUGAUGUUUUCCUUCAACUACUAGGAAAAUACUCUGUUCACCUCUUUGUAUUCAGGUCUUUCUCUCAUUAAUUUUUGAUCAAAUCUUAUUCAUGUACUCAUUCAUAAUAUCUAAUAAAGAUUUCUAAUAAAA